ACCCUGUGCCAAAUAGAGUCUAGCCAGUUUUUAACAAACUAGAAGCAGAAAUAAAUUAAUAUGUUGUUGUAAAAGUUUGCAACAGUGAAAUUGAUAAAAUAAAUAAAACGGAAAGGGACUAAAGCGCUUAUGUCCUUUUAAAUAUUGAAAAGUAUUCACAUAGUUAUUAGGCGAUGGCGUGUUUUUACGAACACCGAAUAUAUGGCUUUGUGACUCUUUUACUUUUCUUAUUUACAAAUGAAUUUGCACAAGGAUCUAUUAGAGAAUGGGUGAAAAUAGGGACAAACGCAUCCUUAGGAUGUGUUUCCGAGAUAGAACCUGCGACUUGGAUAUUUAAGAACGAGAGCAUUAAUGCUGUGGAUACCAGAUUUACAAUUAGUGCUGAUAUUGUGACGGAUGAUAACAGCAGCGAUGGUAUAUCUAAAUAUAACAAUGUGCUUCACAUACGUGAUGUGGUUAUAACGGAUAUUGGCAUCUACACAUGCAAACUUCCUAAGAGCAACGACACAAUCGAAUACAACUUGCAGCCAUUUCUUCAACCAAAAGUCAUUGAUAGUACGGUUGAUUACAUUAAACGAAAGAUAGGUCAUAGUGCCAUAUUGUAUUGUGUAUUUGACAUUUAUCCACAAAAUAUGACCUUAAAUAAGCAGUUGAAAUGGUUAAAAGACGGCAGCCAUGUGGCAGAUCUCGAAAACUUUUACAGUAUCACACAGCUGAGCGAGACACGAUUAAACUUCACUUUGGAAUUCACAGAAGUCUAUAAAAAAGAAAACGGCACGUAUAAAUGUGUGCUAUAUGGAUCCACUGGUGAAGAGAUUGUGGCCAAAGAGAUUGCGUUGCUUGUGAUGGAAGUGCCACAGAUCAGUAUUGAUUAUGUGAAAGCUGUGGGCGCCAACAAGAUAUUUCUCAAUUGGACAUCAUACGAUGGCAACGAUCCAGUACAAAAGUUCUUCAUACAAUAUGCACAGGCUGGUUCAUCGACCUUCGAAUAUUAUAAACAGUAUAUCAAUGGCAAUUACACAUCCUAUGUGCUCGACAAUUUCAAAGCGAAUACAACUUACCAUUUACGAAUAACUGGCAAAAACUCGAUUGGCGAUGGAACACCAAAUCAAUAUCCAUUUGGCGUCACUACAUUGGAUCAUGAUCCAACGUUUAUACCCAAAGUGGAGACAACUGGGAGCACAGCAUCGACAAUUACGAUUGGCUGGAAUCCGCCAUCGCAAGACUUAAUUGAAUUCAUUCAGUACUAUGAAUUGACUGUGUCCGAAUCGGGUGAAAAGUCCAAGUUAAUUGAGACAGUCACUUACCAACAGAACUCUCGCAAUUUGCCAUAUAUGUUUGAUAAAUUGAAAACUGCAACCGACUACAAGUUUCAGGUGCGCGCUUGCAGUGAUCUAACAAAGACAUGUGGUCCAUGGUCUGAGAUUGUGAAUGGCACCACCAUGGAUGGCGUUGCCACGAAACCCAUGAAUUUGACUAUUCAUUGCAAUCAGCAGAAUAACUCCCGAUCCAAUUCCGUUUCUGUUGGUUGGGGUGUGCCCAAGACACCAAAUGGCAAAAUCGUUUCAUAUCUCAUUAACUUAGAGGGCAAUUACACAUACAAUCAAGAUGGAAUUAUAUCUACUGAAAAGUGGGGACCUACCAUACGCAGAGUGGAUGAACCCAGUCACAAAGCGAGCUACGAAAAUGUUAGCCCCAAUACAAACUACACUGUAACCGUCUCUGCGAUUACGAGACAUAAGAAGACUGGCGAACCUGCUGUGGCCAAUUGCUUUAUGCCUAUUUCAACGCCCGAAACAAUUGGCAAAACGAUGUGGACAAAGGUUAAGAACGGUCCCAAAUAUGUCUUGAAAUUGUACUUGCCCAAAGUAAGCGAGAGAAAUGGUCCUAUUUGCUGCUAUCGAUUGUAUCUGGUUAAGAUCGUAAAUGGUGACAGCGAGUUGCCUCCUCCGGCUAAGCUGAAUAUAGCCACGUUUAAUGAACUGAGCAACAUCAGUAAGACACAUAACCAUGCAUAUUUGGCUGAGAUGCUUAGUACUCGCUAUUUCAAAUCGGAGAUAUUUUUGGGCGAUGAAAUGCGAUUCUCGAAUAAUCUCGAGGACCUCCUUGCCAAUGAUGAGAUAUGCCGCAAGUGUCUUAUCGAUACUCCUUUUUUACAACACACAACGCCCCAUCUCUAAACCAGGUACGAAUCUCAAUAUCCCAUUUUGCCACCUAAGGAAGAUCUUAUCAAGCUUGGCAAUCUAACAGAAAACUCGAUUAAAAUGUUAGAAGGCAGAAAACGUAGAAGACGAAAUCCCACAGUUGCUACAAGCAAUGAAGACACGAGCUUAAGCACUAACAUUCCAACAAAUGCGCCAGAACAAGUUGCUGUCAGUAAUCCCCUAGAGAUUUGGGAUGGCGAAAUUGACAUAAAUUCCAAUUAUACUGGAUUUAUUGAAAUUAUUGUGCGAUCUGGGGAGACUGUUCUUAUGGCAUAUAGUGAUUACUUUGAUGUCAUUACACCCGCUACUAAAGCUGAACAAAUUCAAUCUCUUGACGACACAAAGUUUUAUUUGAAUACUGGUAUUCAAGUGCUGGCGAUUUCACUGGCCGUAGUUGUGAUCUUUGUAACAUUAUGGAUUAUACAUCAUCAAAAGACUAAGAACGCAAUGCCCGACGAAGAUACCUUGACAUUGAGAGACUCAUUAAGGGCACUAUUUGGACGACGAAUCAACAACCAUAGUCAAUUCAUUGGCUCUGGUAACCAAAAGGGUUUCGAUACUGGGCCUAUACAUAAAACCGAUUUGGUGACAGCCUAUAAGAAUCGACAUAAGGACACAGAUUAUGGUUUUCUACGCGAAUAUGAGAUGCUGCCCAAUCGCUUUAGUGAUCGUACGACAAAGAAUAGUGAUAUGAAAGAAAAUGCAUGCAAGAAUAGAUAUCCUGAUAUAAAGGCAUACGAUCAAACUCGAGUGAAACUAUCUCCAACUAAUGGAACCCAAAGUACUGAUUAUAUUAAUGCUAACUUUGUGAUUGGUUACAAGGAGCGGAAGAAGUUCAUUUGUGCCCAGGGACCCAUGGAAACGACCAUCAAUGACUUUUGGCGUAUGAUAUGGGAACAACAUUUAGAGAUAAUUGUGAUGCUUACGAAUCUGGAGGAGUAUAACAAAUCAAAAUGCGCGAAGUAUUGGCCAGAAAGAGUUUUCGAUUCCAAACAAUUUGGCGAUAUUUCGGUUAAAUUUACCGCAGAGCGUAAAACUGGUGAUUACAUUAUACGAUCAUUGGACGUGACGAAAUCGAAUCUUAUUGGUGAAGAGGAAGACCAUCGACAAAUAACACAAUACCAUUAUCUGACAUGGAAAGAUUUUAUGGCUCCCGAGCAUCCGCAUGGUAUCAUUAAGUUUAUACGACAAAUUAAUUCCGUCUACUCUGUGCAAAGGGGGCCAAUAUUAGUGCAUUGCAGUGCUGGUGUUGGCAGAACUGGAACCCUUGUUGCACUCGACUCUCUUGUACAACAAUUGGAAGAAGAAAGCAUGGUUUCGAUAUUUAAUACGGUGUGUGAUCUGCGACAUCAACGUAACUUUUUGGUUCAGUCCUUGAAACAAUACAUUUUCCUUUACCGAGCAUUGUUGGACACUGCCACCUAUGGGAAUACGGAUAUACCGCUAGCUUUGCUUCAAUCGACAAUUGACUCUCUUAAAUUUAAACCUAAUGAAGGAAAAUGCUUGCUGGAAACAGAAUUUGAGAAAUUGAUUUCGACAGCUGAUGAGAUAAAUAAGACCUGCAGCGUAGGUGAAGUUGAGGAGAAUAUGCAGAAAAACAGAAGCCAUGAAAUAAUUCCAUAUGACCGCAAUAGAGUUAUUCUAAGUCCAAUUCCAAUGCGGGAUAAUUCCACAUACAUAAAUGCUUCGUUUAUUGAAGGAUAUGAUAAUACUGAAUCAUUUAUCAUCGCACAAGAUCCUAUGGAAAGUACUAUAGGCGAUUUUUGGAGAAUGAUUUCAGAGCAAAGUGUUUCCACUCUUAUAACGAUUUCCGAAAUUGGCGAAGGUCCAAGGAAGUGUCCACGCUAUUGGGCAGAUGAUGAAAUUCAAUAUGAUCAAAUACUCGUAAAAUACGUACACAGUGAAAGUUGCCCGUAUUAUACACGGCGUGAAUUCUAUGUAACAAAUUGCAAAAUCGAUGAUACUCUGAAGGUUACGCAAUUCCAGUAUAACGGUUGGCCUACUGUGGAUGGGGAAGUUCCUGAAGUAUGUCGGGGAAUUAUUGAACUUGUAGACCAAGCGCACAAACAUUAUAAAAACCAUAAAAAUAUUGGUUGCCGAUCUCCCCUCACAGUUCACUGCAGCUUGGGUACUGAUCGAAGUUCAAUUUUUGUUGCCAUGUGCAUUUUGGUUCAGCAUUUGCGAUUCGAGAAGAGCGUAGAUAUAUGUUCAACCACAAGAAAAUUGCGAUCUCAGCGACCAGGACUUUUAAAUUCAUUCGCACAAUACGAGUUCCUACAUCGCGCCAUAAUAAACUAUUCAGAUCUACAUAAAUUAUCGGAAAAUAUUGUGGAUUAAGGAAAUAAUUGUGUGUGUACUCAUAAGAUAAGUGUAGGCAGCUUUACACAUUAAAAUACAUAGAUAUUAUAAAAAUGUACAUUUCAUGAAACUACAUAUAGUAUGUACGAGUAUUUGAAUGCGGCGAAUGUAUACAUUUUUUUACCAUUAUAUUUUUAACCUUAUACAAUACAAUGUGUCUAUACAGAUGCUUAUGUAUAUGUCUGUACGUGCGUAUUUAUAUAUAUAUUGAUAAAGCUACCAAAGGAAGUAUAUUAAUUUAUUUUAUAAGAUUUCGUGUAAAAAAUAAUAAAUAA